AUGCUUGUAUCAAGCCAAAGAUGUUACCCCAUACAUGCAUGCACUAUAUGCUCAUUGCCUGAAUUCUUAAAACUCUAUUUAAACAUAUCCUAUUUUACAAAACAAGGAGAGGAAAAAUAUAAUGAUACUGCAACCAAACACUAUUUUAGAUCCUCAAAUCAUAGGGGAAUUUCUGCUCUAAAACAGAUUCUCUUGAAGAAAAAUAGAAUACAGCUCUUAGAAGCAGCUGGCAUGGAGAGAAUAAAGAAAAGUUACAAGUGUAGGAAUAGUCCAUUUUACAGUUGUCUGCUUGGUUGCCAAGCCUUUGAACAGGAGUGAGGCUAAGGGUGACCUUGUUAUGAUACAAACCUUGCUGCUUUUGAAAUGCAAAUUAAUUUGUUAUCAUGCUAACUAGAUUCUGGUCUCUAACACAACACGGUCACCUUCAGCCUCACUCCAAAUCAAAGGCUUGGCAACUAAGUACACAACUGUAAAAUGGCCUAUUGUGAAGGUCUUGGUCAUACCAUAAAGACAUGCUCUGCUAACUGUACGAAAUGCCAGACUGCAGUUUGUUGUGCACACCCUAUUAAAGUUGAUGGAAGGUGGACACAG